UUAAAAUUCUGAUUAGAAUAGAAAAUACAGCGAGUAUACGUGAAAGAUACAUUUUGUAGUCUGUGUCUAAAUAUUAAAAGCGGUACAAACUGCCAAGCCAAGUAAUAGAAUAAUCCAUAAGGCAAGUGCUAGAAGUUGUUUUGCUGGAAGUGGUAAGAUUAGAACAUGGGUGCUACCAGAAAUUCUUUGUUUUAUGUGAAUUGUGUUUUAAUUCGUUUCAUACUCAUGGUGCUUUUUUAAAGCACUGCCCUAAUGCACAGGAAAAAUAUAAAAAUAUUGAUAAACAGUCUUCCAUUAAAAUGGAAAAAAUUGAAAUAAAAUUGGAAGAAGAUAGUCACCAAAUGCAGGAGGGAUAUAUAAUUGUAGCCAAGCAGCCUGACAUUAAAUUAGAAGAGAUUGAAAUAAAGGUAGAGGAAGAUCAGGAUGGUGACUUAUCUUCCUACAACUUAGAAAUAGAUAAUGAAAUAAUUGAAAACAAAGGGAGCCAUAUCUUUGAAGAUGAAAUAGAAAUAAAGGUUGAACCUACGGUUAAAUAUGAGCCAGAAUUUAAUGAAAACUUUAUGAUAUCGAUGAAUAAUGAAAAAUCUAGAUUUAAAAAGUGUGAACCUUCCUUAGACAUGCACUUCUACCGAUGUGAAAAAUGUAAAUAUGAAACUAAGCUUAAGCACAAGGAUCUUUUGGAAAUCCAAAUGUACAAGUGUGAUAUGUGUAAUUCUGAAACUAAACAAAAGAAUAAUCUAAAACUGCAUCAGCUACGGCACAAAGACCUUUCGGAAAUUCAGAUGUACAAAUGUGACACAUGUACUUACAAUACUAAAUAUAAGCGAGCUCUAAAUAAACAUCAGUUAAUGCACAAAGAUCCUUCGGAAAUCCAAAUGUACAAGUGUGUUUUGUGUGAUUUUGAAACUAAAUAUAGGGAUUGUCUAAAAACUCAUGAGUUAAUGCACAAAGAUAUUUCAGAAAUUCGAAUGUACAUGUGUUAUAUGUGUAGUUAUAAAACUAAACGCAGGAGCAAUCUAAAACUGCACCUGUUACAGCACAAAGACCUUUCGGAAAUCCAAAUGUACAAGUGCGAUAAUUGUAGUUACAAAACUAAACGUAAGAGUCAUCUGACACUCCAUCAGUUACGGCACAAAGACCUUUCAGAAAUCCAGAUGUAUAGAUGUGAUACAUGUUCUUACAAAACUGUAUAUCAGAGCAUUCUAAACAGACAUCAAUUAAUACACAAAGAUCCUUCGGAGAUACAAAUGUUUAAGUGUGAUCUGUGUGAUUAUGAAUCUAAAUAUAAGAAUCAUCUAAAAAGGCAUCAUUUGGUACACAAAAAUGUUUCAGAAAUCCAAAUGUACAAAUGUGGUGCUUGCUCUUAUGAAACUAAACAGAAGAGUUAUCUAAAAAAUCAUGAGUUGAAGUAUAAACACCCCUAGGAAGUCCAAAUGCACAAAUGUGAUGCCUGUAGUUUUGAAAAGAAAUAUAAAAGAUACGUAAAAAUGCAUCAAUUAAUACAUAAAGCCCAUUCUGAAAUCCGGUUAUACAACUGUGAUAUUUGUACUUAUGAAACUAAAUAUAAGAAUCAUCUAUGUACGCAUCGAUUAAUAUACAAAAACACUUCUGAAAUUCAAAUGUAGAAUUGUAACGUGAAUUGUGAAGUCCAAUGUAAAAAUUUGAAAACUUCGAUUAAUUCACGAGAAUCCGUACACGCACAAUUAUGGGAAUAUAUUGCGAGCUACUUUAACUACAAUAUAUGAAUGUACAAAUAUAACGAAUGUGUUUUCCUAACAAGACAUACAUCAUCUAAUUAGGCACCAGGCAAUACAUAAAAAUCAUCUGGGACUGGAAGUGUGUCAGCUAUUAUAAGGACUGUUUUAAUGUAUUCGUUAAGCAUAAAAAUAAAGAUGAGAUGUCUAAUAAACCUAAUAUGAUAUUCUUAAGGCAAUUUUAAUAUUUUUAUACUUUUAUUCAAGUAAAUCUUGAAAUAUAACAGUAGAUGCAUUUUCAUAAGUUAAUAUUAGUGUAAUAGUAUGCAUUCUUUUACCACUCUUACUUUCUGUAUUGUUUUAUUAUUUUUUUUGUUACCAAUCAA